AUGGUUUCAAAUCGAUCUCUUACAUCAACCACCGCCGAUGGUCUACCAGACGAGGUGGUGACCUGUCUUCGGAACGCGCGCUUUCUUCAUCUUGCAACCUGCUCAAACAACGUUCCUCAUGUAUCUUUGAUGAACUACACAUAUCUUCCCAGCACACCAUUUUCGCCCACCCCUGUCAUCAUCAUGACAACGCCGUCUUCAUCUCGAAAGACCGACAAUCUGGAAUCCAACGCCCGCGUGUCACUCCUGGUACAUGAUUGGAUUUCUCAUCGACCACCUACCCUUAGCCAACAAGGACGCUCGCCUUCACCUUCUGCGCCAGGUCCACGUUCCGGAUCGUUGGCCGAGCUUCUGCUUGGCAUGAACACCGCUUCACUAAGUAGAAUCAGCACCACGAUCAAUGGUGUAGCUGAGAUUGUGUCUGGUGGCUCAGAGGAGGAGACUUGGUACAGAGCACAACACCUCGCGAACAAUACAUUCGGUCCGUCCGACGAGGAUAUUUACUCUAGUUCUCCGGUCGGCGGUGGGUUAUGGGGUGGCGGUGGCCUAGCGCACACGAAUCAUGACGAGGAUGAGACAAGAGAGGGUGACGGCGGCACUAGAUGCUACGUAGAAGGCGAUGAGGUGAAGGUCGUUCUUGUCAAGAUUAAAGACGGAAGGAUUGCAGAUUGGAAGGGGCAGGUCAGAGAUUGGACUCUUGAAGAGCAAGAAACAGUGAAUGGAUCGAUAUCGUAG